UGCACCUUUAAACUGGCACAGGAUCCUAGGAUCGAUAGUGGAGGACAAAGGUUGGGAGCUGUUAGGAGCCACACACCGACCAGGGGAAUGGGACGGUGAAUUCUUUAUUUAUUUUUUGGUAGGGGCCAUUGAGUUUGGGGGGUGGGGAAAGUGGUGUUCACACAGAGGCUGAACAUAUUUAGAGGGGCAGUGAGCGCACAGCCGAGGUACUUGAAUUUGGUGCUAGUCAAAAUGAAGACGUCCAUCCUUCUCUUGGCCUUGCUGCAGGCUCUGGGCUGCUCAGGCUUACCGGCGCACAACGCUGAGCCGGCAGCUAUCGAAGACAGGAGCCUGGGGGCGUCUUUGGCACAGGUCAACACCGUGUACGCCGUCAACAACCUCUACCGGGUGACUCGGGCCUCUCUGAAACGGAAAGUACCCCUGGGUAUGAACACCUACGACCUGAUGAUGGUGUUUGGCAUUAAGGAGACAGACUGCCUGAAGACUUCGGGAGCAGAUCCUCAGACAUGCGCCUUCAAAUCUGGCUUCUUUGUGCCCUCCUCCACCUGCUCCAGUCGCGUGCGAGUGUCUGCUGACGCCAUCCAGGUGAUUUCUCUCAGGUGCGGCCAUGACAGCGACUCCAGCUCAGACUCCAGCGAGGAGAUGUUUGCCAGCAGAGGGAGGCACCACUUCAAUUUCCCAUCAUUUGUGAACAGAGAGGCCUGAUGAAUUCUGACAGACCCGGCUCCCCCUGCACCCGAAACACCACCCGUCCAGCCCGACCGCCCCGCCCAGAGCCAGCCAGCGGGGGGCCGGCCCAGAGAAGACAAUUUCAACAACUUCCUGGAGUGAAGAAGAAAAUGAGGCCUUUAGCUGCUGAUCAGAGGGAAAACAUAAAUAAAAAAAUAAUAAUAAAAAAAGGUUUGCACAGUAUAACCACUUUGUGUUUUAUUCCCCCCAAAACUUUUAAAGCUGGUGUGUGUGAGACUUUUGACGGUUUUAGGGUUGAAGGUUCCACAGAUUUAUAUGACUAAAAUGGUGUAAUCACAAUACUUCCUAAAAUAAAGUUUCCUUUUCAAUGACAUAA